GUAAUAACAAAAGCACAACUCAAACUGGCGCAGACCUCGCGCCUGCGCCAAUCAGCGGCGAGCUCGUGCACACCGCGGCCAAUGGCUGGGCGCCGGGACGCUCGCGCACGGCCGUUUGAAGGGCGGUCCUGUCCUGGUGCAGAAAAAGGAAAGUAUGGAUCAGAGCGCGGGGGAGUGUCGGUGGAGGCUGGACGCGUCGGGGAAGAGAACAAAAACGUGAAUUAAACACCGAUUUCAGGCUUAAAGUCCGGUUUUUGAAAACAUGUAUUGUGUUUUCCAGUGAGCGACGAACUGUUCCCGUUGCUGCGUGUGUUCACGUUUGCGUUCGGCACAAAGUUGAGCCAACUCGUGUUCCGCGUAGUUGUCUGAUCGACUCGGUCCGCGGGGGAUCGUCGGCCCCUCCGAUGGCUCUGAUAGCGACCGACCGCGGCUGCAAACUGAACGGGACGUCGGCGACUUACGGCAGAGUCGGACCCAGGAAAGAAGCGCUCCGCGGGAAGUGCGACGGCUUCAAGAGUGCCAUGACGCAGCCCAAGGAGCAGGAGUACUCCACGGACGGCCUGCCCAAAGCCUUCCUGCACAGCCUGAGGACCCUGUUUGACAUCCUGGAUGACGGGGGAAGGGGCUACGUCCACAUCUCGGAGAUCGAGAGCCGCUGGCAGGGCGCGGACACCCGGGACCUGCCCGGCGGGGUGCUGGGCUGCCUCAGGAGGGUCACCCCGCCGCACGGCUGCCUCACCUUCGAGCGGUUCGUCGCGGGGCUGCGGUACUCCAUGCUCAACCCGGAGCACAGCUCCCACCUCAAGGCCCAGGCGGCCGUGCACCCGCAGCAGGCUCCGACGCAGCCGCCCCAGAAAGCCGCCCCGCUGUCCGCGUGCAGCGUCGCGACCACCCGGGCGGAGAACAAAGUCCGUCCACUGGGGCCGAGCAACGUGUCCAACAUCCAGCAGCAGCAGCAGCAGCAGCUGCAGCGGGCGUCCUCGCACCAGGGCCGGGCCAGGCCGGAGGAGGGGGCCGGGUACCCCGCGUGUGGACCGGCGAGGUACAGCGCGGGCUUCGAGAGGUCCGGCCGGAGUCUGGAGCGGAUCCCCGGCGCCCCGGAGGGAGGAGGCUGCUACAGGACCGACCCGAGCCACGCCGCUAAGCCGACACAGCCGCAGCAGAGCCGGGUCAGGUCCAUCGAGUCGCUGGCUCUGGAGUCACCGCAGCUCCAAGCACCAAGUGUUGUGAAAUCAGGUCUGCCAAGAUCUCAGAGCGAAUCAGCAACAGGGUUUACCGGCGGCUCCAGGCGACACGGGCGGAGUCGGGACGAGCAGAGACGGCACACCAUAUCCAACGGAGUGGAUUAUGGAAUGUUGAAGCAAAUGAAGGAGCUGGAGCAGGAGAAGGACUCCCUGCUGGCGGGCCUGGAAGUGGUGGAGCGGGCCCGGGACUGGUACCAGGGCCAAAUCCACAAUGUCACCGAGAGACAGCGGCAGGUCGGCCAGAGCUCCCACUGCACGGAUUUCUUCACAGAAGCCAAUCAGAGUCGCAUGAAUGUUCUCAUUCCCAAACUGCAGGAAGUCAACCACUGCCUUAAUGACCUCAUUUCCUGCACUGGGAUGCAGUCGUUUCCUGCCAGCGGCGCUCACACUGAAGCGCUCUCAGCGAACUCCCAGCCUCUGGCUCCAGCUCCUCCACAGGCCAUCCUGAGGCUGAAGGACCAGAACCGACUCCUCACACAGGAGGUGACGGAGAAGAGUGAGCGGAUCGCCCAGCUGGAACAGGAGAAGUCAGCAUUGAUAAAACAGCUUUUUGAGGCCCGAGCCCGCAGUGCACAAGACACCAGCACCAUGGACUCCACCUUCAUCUGAAAACAGUGACACUCCACCCAACAACACAACACGGCGACGCAACGUCGACGUACUUUUAUAAGUACUGAAGCCGACUCUUUGUUUACCCGACUGACCACUUGUGGCAGUGACGCACCUUUAGCCAGGACACGCCGAAACCCUUGACUGCAAAAUGUCACUGCUGCACCCCAACCUAACACAUGCACUACCUAGAUGUGAACACUCCCAAGAGUCGAAAGACUCUUUUACUUGCUGCCUUCCCACUCCCUGCACCCACUAAGCUGAAAAGACUGCAAAAAAACCCCAUCACUCCAUUUCCUUUUCUUGCAUCUGCAAGAUCUCCAGUCCCACUCCCAAAAGAUUGUUGUCUUUCUUCUGCUGCUUGACUGAACAGGCAGCAAUAAAAACUUUUAACUUAGCGGUCCAAAGAAUGAAUUGGACAAUGGGGGAAUGGUUUUUGUUGGAAUAAAAUGCCAUAUUCUUACAGUUUAAUAUGAAAAAUAAAGCUGCAUCUGCGUGCUGUGACCUAUCGGUUCCAUUUUCGUUAAAAUACUUUUUAAGUUUGGCACUUGAGCUCGGUCAUUAUGAGGUACACUUCACCCUUGUCGUUCAGUAUCCCCUUCCUUUUAAUGUAAAUGAAUAAUAAUGUUUACCUGACACUUUGCUUUUUUGGUUUUUAAGUUUCAAACAAGGAGGGGAAACGGCGACGAACAGGAUUUUACUGUGUUUUGUAAUAGCAUGUUAAAUGGUAUAACCUUUCACGAGUUUUGAGAUUUUUUUUUAGUUUGAAACAAGAGAUGGGAGGACGGUUUACAAACCAGCGAGAUGUUGCGGCAGAGACAGAGAUGAGAGAAGUUUGCACGUGGAAGAGAGCUGAGAAGAACAAACACGCUGGACGGCGAAUGUGUCGGAGAUGUGUGGGCGACGUUCUGAUGAGAUGUCGGCAACGAAACUGAA